CUGCUGGAGAGGCACAGAGAGAAGAACAAAGCUGUGCACGUGUCGUUCCUCGACCUUGAAAAGGCAUUUGACAGGGUCCCCCACGACCUCAUCUGGCACUCGCUUCGAUCCCAUGGAGUCCCUGAAACCUACGUGCAUUGGGUGCAACUCCUAUACAAGAACGUCACCAGUGCAGUCAGGUGUGCAGUGGGCAUAUCACCGCCAUUUCCCAUCAGCGUUGGAGUGCACCAAGGAUCGGCCCUGUCACCACUCCUGUUUAUCCUGUGCAUGGACACGAUCACUGCCGACCUGCACACGCCCCUGCCAUGGUCAAUUCUCUACGCGGAUGACGUCCUCCUCUCAGAUGAAGAGAGAGGAGAAGUGGAAAGACAAACGCGCCUGUGGAAGAACGUUUGGACGAAAACGGGUGAGGUUCAACAUCAAAAGACGGAGUAUAUGGAGUGUGGCCCCCAAACCGACGGCACCAUCAGCAUUGACGGAGAAGAUCUGAAGAAAGUGACGGACUUCAAGUACCUGGGUUCCACCAUCAGCUCAGAUGGUAGCAUCACGACUGAUGUGAGGUCACGAGUCAAUGCGGCAUGGAUGAAGUGGAGGCAAGUCACCGGAGUCCUCUGUGAUAGGAAAAUGCCGAAUAGGCUGAAGGGAAAAAUUUACAAGACCAUCGUCCGACCGGUGGCACUCUAUGGAUCCGAGUGCUGGCCAGCCACAACUGUACACGAACAAGCUCUCCACACCAUGGAGAUGAGGAUGCUCAGAUGGAGCCUCGGACUCACUCGAUGGGAUCGUGUCAUGAACGAAGACGUUCGGAAUCGACUUGGUGUGGCCCCCAUUGCGGACAAGAUGCUUGAGGCAAGGCUUCGGUGGUACGGCCAUGUGAUGCGAAGUGAAGAGUCAUCAGUGGCCAAGACUGCCCUGCACACGCCCCUGCCAUGGUCAAUUCUCUACGCGGAUGACGUCCUCCUCUCAGAUGAAGAGAGAGGAGAAGUGGAAAGACAAACGCGCCUGUGGAAAGAACGUUUGGACGAAAACGGGAUGAGGUUCAACAUCAAAAAGACGGAGUAUAUGGAGUGUGGCCCCCAAACCAACGGUACCAUCAGCAUUUACGGAGAAGAUGUGAAGAAAGUGACGGACUUUAAGUACCUGGGCGCCACCAUCAGCUCAGAUGGUAGCAUCACGACUGAUGUGAGGUCACGAGUCAAUGCGGCAUGGAUGAAGUGGAGGCAAGUCACCGGAGUCCUCUGUGAUAGGAAAAUGCCGGAUAGGCUGAAGGGAAAAAUUUACAAGACCAUCGUCCGACCGGUGGCACUCUAUGGAUCCGAGUGCUGGCCAGCCACAACUGUACACGAACAAGCUCUCCACACCAUGGAGAUGAGGAUGCUCAGAUGGAGCCUCGGACUCACUCGAUGGGAUCGUGUCAUGAACGAAGACGUUCGGAAUCGACUUGGUGUGGCCCCCAUUGCGGACAAGAUGCUUGAGGCAAGGCUUCGGUGGUACGGCCAUGUGAUGCGAAGUGAAGAGUCAUCAGUGGCCAAGACUGCCAUGCGUAUUGAGCCAGAGGGCCGCCGUCCACGCGGACGUCCGAAAAAGCGAUGGAUGGAUCGAAUAAAGGAAAACAUAAAGACGGUCAACGCAUCCCCUGAAGAUGCCCUGGACCGAGCCAAAUGGAGAAGACAAUGCCGAAAAGCGGACGCUGCGCCACAGCGGGAACAACGCUAG